GCCGUGUCAUUCGACAUAUUGGACACCAAGUUCGAUAUGAUCCUAGGCAUGUCGUGUUUGCAAAGCGAAGACCAUCCGGUGAACUUCCAUCGACGCACCGUUCACGUUCGUGAUCGGCGCGGCGAACUAUUCCCGUGUACGGUGCCACUUCCUCAUCCUUCGAUUGGUUGUCACGUGGUAUCCGCGGCGAGCAUUCGCCAAUCCAUCCGGCGGAACGACAUCGAGGAGAUGGGCAUAUGUUUUCUUCACGCCCUCCGACCUGGUGAUCAGCCCAAGACGGAUCCAUCACACAUCAUUGAGCUUUUGGAAGCUAUGAGGAUGUCUUCCAAGCUCCCGCCGGAGUCGUACCGGAUCGGCCCAUACGUCACGGGAACUCUCGAGGACGGCGCCGUACCUCCACGCGGAUGUAUUCACCGCAUGAGCGAAGAGGAGCUCCAAGUGCUUCGGGCACAACUAGACGACCUCUUGGCCAAGGGCUGGAUUCGCCCUAGCUGCUCGCCAUACGGUGCUCUCGUUCUCUUUGUCCGAAAGAAGAACAAGGACCUUCGGUUGUGCAUCGACUAUCGCGGCGCCAAGUACUUCUCCAAGUUGGACCUCAAGUCCGUUUAUCACCAGAUCGAGAUUCAGCCAAGAGAUCGGUACAAGACCGCAUUCAAGACGCGGUAUGGGCACUUUGAGUGGAUCGUCAUGCCUUUCGGUCUCACCAAUGCCCCGGUUACUUUCCAAGCGGCUAUGACGACGGAAUUCCGCGACUUACUCGACCGCACCAUGCUCAUUUACCUCGAUGACAUCUUGGUUUAUAGCCGGACGCUGGACGAGCACCUCGAGCACCUUCGCGCCAUAUUGGAGUGGCUUUGUAUCACGAAGUACAAGGCAAACCGUGACAAGUGCGAGUUUGCCCAGCAGGAGCUGGAGUACUUGGGCCAUUACGUUACGCCGCAAGGCAUUCGGCUGCUCGCGGACAAGGUAGAAGCUAUUCAAGAUUGGCCGGACUUUCUCGGCUUGGCAUCAUACUACAUGCGCUUCGUCAAAGGAUUCCAACGUAUCGCUGCACCAUUGUCGCGACUUCAGUCCCACUUGGUGCCCUUCGAGUUCAGCGACGAGGCCUGGCAUGCGUUUCACACGCUGAAGACGGCUUUGCUUCAAGCUCCCGUCUUAAGCAUCUAUGACCCGACAUUGCCCACCAAAGUGACUACGGACGCUUCCAGUUAUGGCAUUGGCGCGGUUUUGGAACAGCAUGACGGCACAGGCUGGCAUCCGGUUACUUCAGCCAAAAGGCUGUGGGGGAGCCAUAGYCGGGAGGCUGGCGCUGGAUUGGGUGGUGCGGCGGAAGCGCUGCCGAAAUUGUGCGGCGGCAGCGCUGGUUUUCCUAGUGGGACGGAGGAAGCGCUGCCGAAUUCUUGGGGCGGCAGCGCUCGUCUUCUUGGCGAUGCGGCGGAAACGCUGCCGAAAUUGUGCGGCGGCAGCGCUGGUUCUCCUGGUGGGACAGCGGAAGCGCUGCCGAAUUCUUGGGAUGACAACGCUAGUCUUCUUGGCGAUACGGCGGAAGCGCUGCCGAAAUUGUGCGGCGGCAGCGCAGAUUCUCUUGGCGGUACGCGAGGGCGCUACCAGAUUUUGUGGCAACAGUAUUUUGCACAAGACUGCGAAAAGGGGGGUUGGACGUUGCCGCAGGGAUGGUACCGCCGAGGUGGAAGUGCGCCUUGGGAUAGGAAGAGUGUGGUGAUCGUUUUGUUGAGGACGUUGUGGCAUGUGGCACUUGAGGGAAUGGUCAAGGCCAUAAUGACGGAAGGAAGUGCCAAUCCAGCAAAUAGCAAUGCAGGGGAUCGUCGCAAUGACAUCCUGGAACUUGCACGAGCCAUUCGUGAGGCCAAUAAUCAGAAGGCGCAACUGCCAAAGGUUCAAGUUUCCCUCUUCGAUGGCACCAAUGCCUCAUCAUGGGCGGACAAGUUUGAGCAAUUGGGCAGUUUUUGUGAAUGGACGAGUGAAAAGAUGCUUCAAAUAGUGAAGCGAUAUUGUAUGGUCGAGUACAAAGAGGAGGUGUCGGAGUUGGUGCUAGCCUUGCGUGACUGGCCCGACUUCAAAGCCAAAUUAUUGGACAAGUACCAAUUGGGGGAUCAACUGCUCGAUCUGGCGGACUUACGGAAAGUCAGUCGUCGGAAAUUUGGUACGGCCAAGCAGUUUAUCACGGAGUUCGAACGAGUUGCGCGUCUGGUGCCUGAUCUUCCAGAUAAGGAUCGGUGCCUUAUCUUCCUCGAAAACUUUUUCGAAAUUGAGCAGCGGGAACUGAUGAAGGAUAUGACUGGGCGAUACGACUGGCCAAAGAUCAAGGAGAAUCUGUUGGCUGCAAGCUUCGACCAGAUGCUUUACCGUCUCCUGAAGCAGCAAAAGGAGGACCGCGAGAAGGAAGGGGUAAGCGCGGACAAGGAUCAGGCCGUUUACAAAACCCUGACUGAUAUGCGAAACAUGAUGGCUGACAUGAAGGAGGAAAGGUUGAAGUUGCAAGUGAUGAUGGUCCAAACAAAGGGUGAAAAAAGGAAGGGAAAAACUCCCGUUGUGGAGGAAGUGAGUAGUAGCAGCAGCGAAGAGGAAGAUGAGGAGGAAGUGGAGCCCGCUCGAAAAUUGACCAAGGCAGAACGGAAGGCCCUGAAUCAAAUACGAGGGGGGGAAGGCACUAGCAAAAAGCAACGAAACAAUAAUGGAGGAGGUGGACAAGGAAGCAACCAGGAACAGGCGGCGCAGACCCCUCCUCAACAGCCCCAACCUCAGGCAGGAGGCCGAGGCCGAGGUCGAGGUAGAGGACAAGGCAUUGGGGGAGGCCGAGAAAAUGCAGGCGGCCGAGGCAAUUGGCAGAAUUGGUUUUGCAAGUAUUGUGCCCUAGAUGGGCAUGGGAUACGGUUUUGUCAGACCAUUACCAAAGAUGAAAACGAUAAGGUUAUAUAUACGAAUAUCCGAGGUGAGGUCUACGACUUCGAAGGGAACCUCAUCGAUCCCAAUGUGGAGGAAGGAAUGAGAAAGGAGGUUUUUCGACGUAUAGGGCGAGAUCUUCCUAAAACUUUCCGACUGACUUCCUCGGAAGAAGUUGAACAGAUUGAGUUGGAAGUGGCGAUGGAAUCAUUGACGAUUGAAGAUGCGAAGACCGGGGAUGAAGGUUUGAGCGAGGAACAGGAAGAGAUACUACAUCGAGUCCAGUUGGUGGUCAAGAAGAUUAACCGAUGUCGGGAAGCUUUUGUUCAAAUAUGCGCCGACAUGAAUGAAGAAUGGCGCGGGCUUCCCCAAGUUUUUCUGUUUGGAGGAUGGGACAGAGAUGGCCAAAGAGGUCUUAAUGAUGUUAGCGCACCACAACCUGGAUCGCCGUCGGCAGGGCGUUUGAUGGCCACCACGGUCUUGUCCCGUCCUGCUUUCAAGCGACCUGCCACUGCUGGCCUCCCGCAGGCUCAGAGGGCUCGAAGGCCGCUGCGGCCAAGGGCAACACCAGAAGAAGGGCCAAGUCAUCCCCGGUAAACCGAGACUAUUCCGAUUGAAGAAGACGAUGACGAGGAGGACGAGUUGUUGCGAGCCGAGGAUGA